CAAAAUUGGUCAACGAAGAAACGAAGCCAGAACGUCAUUUUUUUAAAAUUCUGUAUGACUUCUGUACAAGAGUCUUUAGUAUUUUUUUUAAUAUUAUUUGCUGCCGGCUCAUCUGGAAAUUUCUGUACGCCUAAUCGAACUGCCCCUUGUUUUGGUGUGGAAUGUUCAAAAAUUACUUGGUCAUAACGUUAGCGCACUUUUAUAAUAAACAAAAACGACUAGAAUCGAAUGGGAAAUGCCUUUAGCCGAUGAAAAAUAGAAAAAAUCCUUCUGAAUCAAAUAUUUAAGGCUGAAGUAGCUUUUCACAUUUUCGGGUGAGUUAUCCAUUUCAUGAUAUUUUCUGCGUUGUAUUUGACACAAAACCGGAUUCUGGUUUCAAUUCUUGAAUUUUGUUGCGGGCUGAAGUAGCUUUUCACAGAUUCGGAGAAUUUGCUGUUGUGGAACACAAACAUGCUCAGGGUGCUAAGGUUCUGAAAUCUUGCAAAAAAAGUGAAAGUUUUGGGAUUUCAUUUAGUUGUGUAAACGUGGUUAUGGCUCCUACUGUAAAAGUGGUUCUUGGCUCAAUUGCCUUUGCCAUAUUCUGGGUUUUGGCAGUUUUCCCAGCUGUCCCAUUCAUGCCCAUUGGGAGGACAGCUGGGUCUCUCCUUGGGGCACUGCUUAUGGUCAUUUUUCGAGUCAUAACACCGGAUCAAGCAUAUGCGGCUAUCGACCUUCCAAUCCUAGGUCUUCUUUUUGGGACAAUGGUAGUCAGUGUCUAUCUAGAAAGAGCGGAUAUGUUUGUGUACUUGGGUAAAUUGCUCUCCUGGAAAAGCAAGGGAGCAAAGGACUUGCUUUGUCGAAUCUGCUUGAUUUCUGCCAUUUCCGGCGCCUUUUUCACUAAUGACACUGCUUGUGUUGUUUUGACUGAAUUUGUGCUCAAAAUUGCUCGGGAACAGAAGCUCCCUCCUCACCCAUUCCUAAUAGCCCUUGCCUCGAGUGCAAAUAUCGGGUCAUCGGCAACCCCUAUCGGCAAUCCUCAAAACUUAGUUAUAGCUGUCAAGAGUAAGAUUUCUUUUGGGAAUUUUUUAUUUGGUAUUUUCCCGGCAAUGCUUCUAGGAGUUAUUGUCAAUGCUUUGAUCCUUCUCUGUAUGUAUUGGAAGUUGUUAUCUGUUCAUAAGGAUGAAGAAGAUGCCACUAUGGAAGUGGAUGCUGAAGAAGAGAGAACUCUAAUUUCUCAUGUUGAGUUGUCUCACCUCACAUCUUCAAAUUCUCAAGAACAGAAUUCCGAACUGGAAUCUAUAAAUAUUUACAGCUCUUCUAAUCCCAAUGAUCCUACAAAUUAUAUUGAGACUACUAGAAACCGAGGGACUUUGAAUGAGAGUGAUAAUUUUCAUGUCUCUCUUAAUGUAAAUAGUUAUACGAAUCAGGUUGAGACACUCGGGAAUGGUGGCAAUCCCACUGAAAGUAAAAUUCAUAAGGUUCCGAGUUUGCAAUCUGUAUCCGUUAAGCAUUCAAAUUCUUCGAAAGAAACUGCAAAUGAUGGAUCCAUGUCUUCAAAAAGUAUUCCAUCUUUGAACGGUAGUGAACAGGAAAACGCUGCAUUACCGAAGAAGUGGAAAAGAAUUUUGUGGAAGACGUGUGUUUAUCUUGUUACCAUAGGAAUGCUAGUUGCUUUGCUGCUCGGUCUAAAUAUGUCCUGGACCACAAUUACAGCUGCACUUGCCCUAGUUCUUCUUGAUUUUAAAGAUGCAGGACCGUGUUUAGAAAAGGUAUCCUAUUCGCUCUUGAUAUUCUUUUGCGGAAUGUUUAUUACAGUACAUGGCUUCGACGAAGCCGGAAUUCCGAGAAAACUGUGGGAUUUCAUGGAGCCUUAUGCAAAGAUAGAUCAUAUCGGGGGAAUGACAGUUUUAGCUGCUGUCAUAAUCGUGCUCUCAAAUUUGGUAUCAAAUGUACCUACAGUUCUACUGCUUGGAGCACGAGUGGCAUCUUCUGCAGCAGCAAUAUCGCCUACCAGUGAGAAGAAAGCAUGGCUCGUCUUAGCUUGGGUGAGCACAGUUGCAGGAAAUCUCUCUCUCUUGGGAUCGGCUGCCAACUUAAUAGUGUGUGAACAGGCCCGUCAGGCUCACGAUGGCUACGAUCUAAAAUUCUGGACUCACCUCAAAUUUGGAGUUCCCUCUACUAUUAUUGUAACAGCUAUUGGUUUGACUUUGAUAGGGAGAUGACACCUUGUGAUCAAUCUGAGGUUCUCUUGGAAAUUCAAUUAUGCUAUACGAGGAUAUUGAUGAGCAAGAAUAAUAUAGGAUUUUCGCAAAAUCACUUAAAACUAAGAAUACUGCAUGUUAUCUUCUUUACUGUAUGUUUAAUACAAGGUACUCAAUGUGAUUACGAUUUUUUCAGUGUAAA